AUGAUAACUAAGGUCAAGGUCCCUGAGAAUGUCGAGAGUGGGGGUCCUCCCACCACAGGGACGCAUGAGGAGAGCACCUCCCGGUACCCAGUGCUGUGGGAAUCUUGCUCGGUUCCGGGGAUCGCGAGGCCCCCCUUCAUGGUGCUCUGGCCUCUCAUGGAAUCAGUGACCUUCAAGGAUAUAGCUGUAGACUUCACCCAGGAAGAGUGGGCCCUGCUGGAUGCCUCCCAGAAAGCCCUGUUCAGAGACGUGAUGCUGGAGAGCAUCACCCACCUGGUCUCCAUAGGGUAUCAGAUCAGCAAAUCAGAUGUGAUCUCCCAGCUGGAACCAGGAAAAGAGCUGUGGAGUGAAGCAAUAGGAUGCCUCCGAGGCCAGAGUCCAGGCAGUGAAAGUCCCCUUAGACAAGAAGAAAUGAUAUCCAUGCAGAGUGUCUACAGGAAGCACAUGUCCCGCACCACGCUAAUGGAUCACAUUCACACCAGAGGUAAAUCAUGUGAAUGUCCUCUAUGUGGGAAAGUCUUUAGUAACUGCUUUAGCCUCAGACGACACAAGAUGAUUCACACUGGAGAGAAACCAUAUAAAUGUCAUCUCUGUGGAAGUGGCUUUUUCCAAAGUUCUGACCUUAAAAACCACAAUCGGAUCCACACUGGAGAGAAACCAUAUGAAUGUCAUCUGUGUGGGAAAGUCUUUAGUCAAACUUUUAAUCAAAUCUCUUAUCUUAGAAAACAUAAGAAAAUCCAUUCCAGAGAGAAACAUUAUGAGUGCCAUCAGUGUGGGAAAGCCUUUAGCCAGAGCUCUGGCCUUAGUCAGCACAAGAGAAUCCACACGGGAGAGAAACCACACAUAUGCCUUGUGUGCAGGAAAGCCUUCAGUCAAAGUUCUGAAUUGACUCGGCACAAAAGGACCCACACAGGAGAGAAACCCUAUAUAUGUCAGUGGUGUGGGAAUGCCUUCAAUCAAUAUGCAAACCUGAGAAGACAUGAGAGAACCCACACUAGAGAGCAGCGCUAUGAAUGUCAGCUCUGUGGGAAACACUACAGUCAUGGCUCUUCCCUUAGACGACACCAGGGAACCCAGCACUGGAGGGAGUGUCAGGAGGGCCCUCAGUAG